AUGGACUUAUCGUAUGCACAAACCGUGGAGCGGAUACGAAAAUGGUCUGUAAAGUACAAUGGAGGAGUAGAUCCAAUAGAUUUUGUGGAAAGCAUAGAAGAGUUAGCAGAACUUGACGACGUCAACGUGAAUCUAAUUCCCAGGAUGAUGCCUGUACUGCUUGAAGACAAAGCACUGAUGUGGUACCGGAACAACAAUAAACAGUGGAACCUCUGGUCAAGCUUCAAGACAGACUUUCUAAAAUUUUUUCUUUCAUCUAGAUAUUUCGACAGAUUAGAAGACGAGGUGCGAGCACGAGUUCAGAAGGAACAAGAAAGUUUUAAAGAUUAUGUACUGGAAAUCAAAUAUCUUAUGCGACACACAGGCAUAAACCAAGAUUCGCAAUUGGAGCAAAUAUACCGAAACAUGCGCACAGAGUACCAAAUGUACAUCAAACGUCGAGACUUUUCGAGCUUAACAGAAUUAACAAUACUAGCUGAUGACUUCGAAGAACUUCGCGCAGAACAGGAUAAAAUGAGUCGACGCGGUGUUCAACAGGAAGUGAUAGUUGGUCGCAUAGAAGUUGAAUAUCCACAAACGAUGUUAUUGGAAAAUACAGUGAGACGCGUACCUACUAUGUCGAUACAAGAUAAACUUAUUCCCAGUUCAAAUUCCGAGUCACCUAUUCUCAACCAGCAGAGAAGUAAUCAGCACCGCAACCAGCCGACAGCUAAGCAAGUAACAGCACGAAUCAUACAAGAUCAAGAUAUAUUUCAAAAUCAAAUGUACCAAGUAUCAACUCAGCAGAAUAUCCAACAUGUCAUGCCAGUAAGAGAAAAUCUAAAACCAUUCAAUCGAAACCAAGUCACAGAAGUUCAACAAAUGCUGCAAGUCCAACCAUGCGAACCAAAGCAAGAAUCACAAAAUAUUAGGCCCAUCAGAGGAAAUUCACAGGUGCAAGAAACACAACGACAAGUAAACCCAAAACUUACAAAGAAGAAUCCCGAAGUAUUUAAGCCAGCACAAGUUACACCAGAUCAGGAAAUAUUUCAAAGUCAAACGAAGCAAGUAUCAGUACACCAAACACUGCAACGUGCCACGCCUUUCAAAGAAAACCUAAAAUCGUUCAAUCAGAAUCAGGUCAAAGUAGGUAAACUUCCAAAUGAAGUUCAAAUUCAAACGUGUGGACCACAGCAAGAUUCAAAACCCAUCCAGGAAAAUCCCAAAGUAUCCGAACAACAGCGAGUCAACCCAAUUCAGCAAAUAUUACAAGCUCAAACACAGAAAGUACAACGACAGAAAGAACCAAUCGUAAUCAAAGCGCAAAAAUACAAGAUUCAACGGCACAGAGAUCCAAGUCCGGGCAAGGAAAAUUCACAGGUAGCUAAUCAACCAAGAAAAAUCAGUCCAACGAGGAAUCACCAUAUAACACAAGUUAAAAUUCAAGAUACACAAGGAUACGUAGAACAACAUCAAGUUCAAGAUAUUGAAACACAACAAGGUCAACGAAAGGUUACAGUAAUCGAAGAUCAUACCAGACGAGUUCGAUUGACUCAAGAAACCCCAAGUCCGACACAAUCAUUGCAACAAGUUUCAAUUAACCACGAUAGUCAACGAAAGCAACAGCCAGAAGAAGAAAAAAAUGAUUCCACACGUCCGAAGGAUAAGAUAGACAAUCCUCUGAUACAAGUACAGGAACUAAGUCUAGGAAUUCCAAAACCAUUCAGCACCCAAAAAUUGCAGAAGCCGAUGAAUAACUUAGAUGUACUUCAGCAGAAGGACUAUGAUCUUGUUAGUAUACACCAAGAUAAAUUUUUCAAAAUAUUCAAGAGCCCAAAGAAACGGCACAGAAAUCAUGCAGGCAGAUAG